AUGAGUAAUCAUUUACAAGUUGCAAGUGCAGCAUUUAUUGUAAUGCAUGAACUUAUGAAAAUCAAAGAAAAAAAAGUUCGACGUAAAAGACGUUUUUGGAGAUCAAAACUUUACAUCGAUAGUGAAAAUAGAGGAGCUAAUUUGUUAAAUAGUAUGCAGUCUGAUGUACACAGUUUCCAUUUUCAAAAUUUUACAAGAAUGUCAUCAGCUGAUUUUGAAAAAAUUAUUAAUCUCAUCGGGCCAAAAGUAAUCAAGCAAGAUACGAAUAUGCGUCAAGCUAUUUCGGUAACAGUUAGGCUAGCUGUGACGCUGAGAUUUCUUGCCACCGGAGAUUCAUAUAGCAGCUUACAAUAUUUAUUCGGCAUUUCAAAACAAAUAAUUUCAUGUAUAAUUCCUGAAGUCUGCAUGGCAAUCGUUGAAGUUUUAAAGGAAUAUGUAAAAGUAAGUAAUGCAUAG